GAAAUUAAGAGUCAGAUGCUGAACCGACUGAACUACCCAGGCACCCCUAAAUCUGGGAUUUAUAUUUUCUAAGCCUUAAAACUUAUUCUAGGUUUAUUUAUACAUACAUAAAAAUACAUGUAUACUUUUAACUUAUAAAUGUUAUAUAAUGUUGUAUUCUCUUUUAUAUCAUUUCUGAUGAUAAAUAUUUCCUGCUUUUACAAAAUUCCAAUGAUAGAGAAACCCUACAUUUGGUGAGGUUUGCUGGUCUCCACCAUCUCAUGUAUUCUCCAUUUGGAAUUAUGUCAUCAUGUCACUGUGCUCUUCUUCCACUAAAUGUUUUACAAAGGGCACCCUGGUGGCCAGGGCACUGUCCAACUUUGUUCAGGUUCAGUGACCAGGCAGUGCUGGGUUUUUCUGUGAGCAGCUACAGUGGAUCACCUCAUAUGUGGAUGCAUUUUCUGCUCCCAGGCGCCCAGUGUAUGGAUGGUGGUGACAGCUGAUAGGAAGGAGACCCCUCCAUUCCCGUUUUGUACUGUCUGAGGAAACAAGCUUCAGGUACCAGGCAUGAAGCCGUCUCUCUUCCUUUUGUAGAUUGGAGAAGGAUUUCUGCCUCAACAGGAGGCCACUAAAGGUCAGACCUUCUAGGGAUCUACUUUCUUCAUGUUUGCUUUUUACCUUGAUGGUAAUUUUGAUACUUAACUGUCUCAUAGUACAACUAUAACAAUUACUUUCAUUUCACAACUUGUGUAGGUGACUUCAUGUUCUGUCACCUUUCCGGUGGUACUACAUUUUUACUCUCUCUGGGAAGUUAGGAGGGCAAAUCUCCCACAACUUAGGGAGGGAACAUUUCCUCAGUCACCUUCCCAACAGGGAGUUUCUCCAUGCCACAGAGUUUUGCCUUCCACCUGGAUUUUGACAAAGGGAGGUGUUUGCUUUUCGCAGAGGAUGGGACUAGACCCUUCCUUGGUCACCUGUGUGCCACCAAGACCCAUCAUGGUCCUUGACACCUUGUGAAACUGAUUGGGAUGAUUUUCUGUGCUGGUUCCUCCCCACCACGGCACCCUAAGGUAUCACUUGGUGGACACUUCUGUUCUCUGACAGCAGCCUGGGGCCCUGACUAACAACGGGUGUCUUGAGAAGCUAGGCAGAAAUGCCUGAUGAGGUGCUGUGGCCUGUAAGGUGCAGGUGGGCAUUCCAUCUCCAUUCUUUCUAGGUCUCUGGACCCCAAACAACCAAGAGGUAGAGCCUAGGACUGGGACAGGAAUGAGGGCAGUGCCCAUAAAGCCUGACACCAAACUGAGGUCCACCUUAAGGCACGGGCACACCUUCCCCCCUCUUACUGUCAUCUAAUAUGCUCAGGGGAGCUGGGAAGCGAUCAGAUGGGUGAGGUACCUGAGUUCUAGCAGAGCGCAGGCUGGGUGCCAGGGAUGCUCCUUGGCCAUCUCACUGCCUGAGGGAGAAGUCCUGUGUCCUGGAGGAAGGAACAAGUACAUGUUAUGAGGGCCCUGCCUUUGUCCCAGAGGCUCCUGGCUCUUAUUCAUGUCUGGGUUCUACCUGUCCCAAGACUUAUUCCUGAGAUCAGCUUAAGUGUGAAGCAGACGGAGGAGACAUGACUCCUUAGCCGAGAAACCAAACUGAAGGAGGCCAGGCACAUGCCCGAGGGGGCUGAGUUUCAGUGAAGAGGCUGGGGCGGAGUGACUUGGCGAAGAUGAUGGAAGGCCAAGGAAUGAGAUGGGACACCCAGAAAUCGGGUUGAUAGAGUACCUGGGUUCAGACGAGGGUCUCUGAGUGAUCCUGGUGGCUGGCUGAUGAUGUACCAGGGGUAAGAGCAGGCCGAGCUUAGGGUUCUGUGGGGGCACCAGGAGAGAGGUGUUGGAGCAGUCAAGAUGGCCCACAGGGUGCAGGGGGGGGCCUAGGAGGCUCUAGAAAGGGCAGGUGGGUUUCUAAUAAGAUAGGCUUAUAAAGAGAAAAAUACAACUUUUGGAUUUUCUUUAUUUUGUUCAUUUUUUUCCCCGCUCUUGACAGCUUAGAAAAUUCCUUUGGAAAACUAUUCCAUCUCUGCUGAACUCAGGGUAAGGGAGGUCCAGAGGCUGCCGGAGGAGAGGAGGUGGGGCCUUCAGCCUUGGCCCCUCUCACGCACCCCUAUACAUCCUGGGAGACGAUAGUGCAAAUCUCUACUUCACACCUGAGGUGACAGGAGGUUGCACUUUCUAAGGCAGAGCUUCCUGUGAGGACACCAUGCCCUCCAUGGUCUCUCUCAGAGGCCAGCCUGCAGGGUUGGCACCAUGGAGUAUGUGCCCGCCCACCCCUCCCCCACCGGCCCACAGUGGCAUUGUCUUCUUGGGUUUCUGGUAACUUCAUCAGGGCUGCAUCAUGUUGCUAAAGCUACAGAUAGCAUCUCACUAUGCUCUUCCCUAACAGAGCCUCUGAGGAGGGACACAGGCUGAGAGUUGGAACAAUAGGGUGGAGAUCUGGGGGCUGUGAGGGUCUGUGAGGGUCUGGGAUACCGGAACAGCUUUGAGGAACGAUGUCACUCGCCACUGGAACCUGUGGAAAAAGGAGAAGGGGCGGGUUUGCCGGCAGAGGCCCCUGAGCUCCUGGAGCUCUUGUGCAUUAUGUUGUCUCCUGACAGCUCCACCUAGACAAACCCCCAAUCCGGGUGUGGGCGAAGAGCCGCACCCCCCUCAGGCCAGGCAGAGAGACUGUCCCCCAGCACAGGUCCACCUUAACUGGGCAGCCCUGUGGGCGGGGUGCAUUGUUGAUGCCUGUGCAGACAGCAGUCCAGGCCCGAGUGUGGGACAGACUUGCAGGCAGCACUCCAAGCUUCCAGCCUGCGACCCAGCUCCUCACGCUGAGUCCGCAGCCCAGCACCAUGGUCCAGGGGGCCUUGGAGCCUGAUGGCCCCGGCUGGGGCUGGGAUGGGGAGGAUGACUGGGACAGCGCUGUCCUCACCCUGCUGGCGCUGGCUGUGGUGGCUGCCACGGCACUGGCUUUGCACUGGUUUGGCUCUGGGCAGGACCAGGAGGCGGCAGGACCUGCGCCCACAACCCCCGGGGCCCAGCCUUCUCAGGCUGGAGGAGCCAGCCCAGCCCUGCCCCUGCAGCCCAAGGUCAGUGGUGGUGUCGAGGGACACAGCUCAGGGCAGGGGCAGCCAGACCCUCCAGGACGUGGCCAGGGGAGUCCAGCUGCAGCAGGGGCCCAAGAUCAGGAGCUCCGGGGAGGUGGUCUGGCUGCCACAGCGGCACCUCCCCUCAAGACACCCGGCGAGGUGGCCAGUGGAGGGGCCUUGGGACGGCAGCACGACAGUGCCACUCCGGAAGCCCUGCGAGGUAAAGGAAGGGAGCCUCUCAGGCCAGAUACUGCCUUCCUGGGUCGGAGCAAAGUAGGGGGGACAUCCGGCCCCCUCCUGAUACACUUCACCCCUCGGAGUCCUGGCAGAGAGACUGAAGGGCAAGUGGAGGCAGGAGGUGUUCAAGCCAAGGUGCCAGCUCACCAGGCCCUGGUCCACACAGAACAGGACACCGGCCCCUGGCAACAAGGCGUAGGGCCACCUGGCUCGCUAGAGAGAGGUCGAAGAAGCCGGCGGUGGCAGGUGGACCAAGGCUCAGAAGAUAGACACCGCCACCUCCCAAAGCUGGACCCCCUCCGCCUGGGCUCUGUGGUGAGUGUGUGGGAUGCUGUGGAUGCAGCCAGCAGCCUCUCCAUAGGCUCCCAGAGGCCUCCUCUCCCCUUGGAGCUGCCUCCACCACAUGCCACGCAGACUGGGCCUUUGACAGAGGGCACAGUGAAGGGGCACAGGGAGAGCAGCCUCCGUCCAGCCUCAGUCCUAGCUCUGGAGAGCAGGGAGGCUGGGCCCCAGGCUCCCAGGGAGUCUCAGGGACCCCCAGCCUCCGUGGAAGGCUGGCCGUGGGAGAGGAGCUUCGUCCAGACCCCAGACUCCACGGGCCCGUGGCCAGAGGGGUCGCAAUGCGGACAUCCACUCUUGUCUCAAGGACGGGGGACCGCAGACGCCAGCAAUGCGGUAAAGGCUGGGGCUCGAGGCUCUGGAGACCGCUCUUUCUUCAGCUCAGGGCCGGGCGGGGCAGAGCAGCAACGGGGCCGUGGCCUCCUAGAAGGGAGACCAUCUUGGCAAGGCCAGCGCGGGCAGAGCAGCGGGCAGGAGGCAGGCAGUCUGGACACAGAAAAGUGCCCCCCAGACACCCCCGGCUCAGCCACGCUCUCCCCGCGCAUCCCUAAGCCCCUCCCGCCCUUGGCUUCCCCGCCCACAGCACAUCCCCACGGAGGUCUCUUACCUGCAGGCUCAACCCUUCCGACCUCCUCUCCUUCAGACUCUUUGUCCCUCAGAGUUAGUCAGGGUUCUGCCGAGGAUGAAACUCUCAGGGCAGUGUCAGCCCCAGCCCCAGCCCCAGCCCCAGCCCCAGCCCCAGCCCCUGCCCCUGCCCCUGCCCCUGAUCCAACUCCGCCCUCCUCCCCAGCCCCUGCCCCUGCCCCAGCCCCAGCCCCAGCCCCUGCCCCUGCCCCUGCCCCUGAUCCAACUCCGCCCUCCUCCCCAGCCCCUGCCCCUGCCCCAGCCCCAGCCCCAGUUCCGACCCCUGCCCCGAGUAGUGAGUCAAGGCCUAUGUCCCAGGAGCCCAGUGUGGCUCUCUGCAAGGACAACCAGGAAGGGCAGAUCUCAUCUAGCUGGGAAAACCUUAUUUCGAUGGUUCUUAGGAGUCACCCUUUCCCCAGGCAAGAGAGACACCAAGGGAGAGCCCCAAGGGCAGCUCCCAGGAGCCCUAGAGAUCCCAGCACUGAUGCACCCUCUGAGAACAGAGAGUCUGGUUCUCCCCCUGAAGGGGCCGCCACCAGCCUGGAGGUCAGGAAUGGCUCUGCCGUUGGAAUGGUCACAGAAGCUGGCACAGGGGGCCUGCCUGAGGCUGGGUGUCCGCAACAGCAGAGAAGCUCGGAUACCAGGGAGGCUCCUACUCCAGACCCUCCCUCAGGCCCAAGGCCACAUGCAGUGGAUGAGAAACAUCCAGACUCCCCACUGCCUGGAGCCGCAAUGCCCGGGGCCCCAUCACGGUCCCCUGGGCAGAGGCAACCUGGCCCUGUACCCUCCCCCACCGCGAGGGGGGUCUCACAGCCUGUCCCACGGCCUCGGAAACGCAGCAUGUGUGAAAUAGCAGAGAGCUCUGAGCGCCGGGAGGUCAGCCAGAUGGUACCACUGAGGCAGGAGGGAGAGGCUCCAGGGGAGAGGCCCUGCCCUGCAGGCAGCGGGGCAGUCCUCACAGAAAAGCAGGAGGCCCGAAAACUCAAGGUGCUUCUGCAGAGGCCCGAGAGCCGGGGGGUGGCGGAGGGGCCUCGGAAGCCCAGCUCCCUAGCCCGGGAGCCCACUCUGGCCGCGGCUCGACGACAGCGGCUGGACCUGGGCAGCUGCCUGGAUGUACUGGCCUUCGCCCAGCAGCACGGGCAGCCUAGCCUGGUGCAGGAGACCUAUGCGUUGAUGAGCGACAAUCUGCUGCACGUGCUGGGAGACCCGGGCCUCUACCGGCAGCUGAGUGGGGCUGAGCGGGAGCGCAUCCUGAGCCUUCGGACGGGCCGGGGCCAGGCGGUGGUGGGGGUCCUUGUGCUGCCCAGCCUCUACCCGCUGAGCCGCCCGGGGCUCACAAGGGGCCCGUGUGGGGAGGAGGCCCCUACGGCGGGACCCGCACCCCUGCCUCCUCGCACGCACCUGCACGUGUUCAACCCCCAGGAAAACACAUGGCGGCCCCUGACCCAGGUGCCGGAGGAGGCCCCGCUGCGGGGCUGUGGACUCUGCACCAUGCACAACUACCUGUUCCUGGCGGGGGGCGUCCGCGGCUCCGGUGCCAAGGCGGUCUGCUCCAACGAGGUCUUCUGCUACAACCCACUGACCAACAUCUGGAGCCAGGUGCGGCCCAUGCAGCAGGCCCGUGCCCAGCUCAAGCUGGUGGCCCUGGAUGGGCUUCUUUACGCCAUCGGUGGAGAGUGCCUGUACAGCAUGGAGCGCUAUGACCCGCGCACGGAUGCCUGGACCUCGCGCGCGCCCCUCCCUGCGGGCACCUUCCCUGUGGCCCACGAGGCUGUGGCCUGCCGUGGGGACAUCUAUGUCACGGGGGGCCACCUCUUCUACCGCUUGCUCAGGUACAGCCCUGUGAAGGAUGCGUGGGAUGAGUGCCCCUACAGCGCCAGCCACCGGCGUCCCAGCGACAUGGUGGCUUUGGGAGGCUUCCUGUACCGCUUCGACCUGCUGCGGGGUGUGGGCGCUGCGGUGAUGCGCUACAACACUGUAACGGGCUCCUGGAGCCGGGCUGCCUCCCUGCCCCUGCCCGACCCGGCCCCCCUGCACUGCACCGCACUGGGCAACACCAUUUACUGCCUCAACCACCAGGUCACCGCCACCUUUACGGUCUCUGAGGGGACUGCCCAGUUCCAGGCCAGGGAGUUGCAGCCCUUUCCUCUGGGGAGCAAGGGGGUCCUCUGUCCAUUCAUCUUGACUCUGCCUGCCACCGACCGGCUGCAAACAGCCCUCUGAGCUGCUGCUCUCUAGGGAGACCCUGGGCCUGGGGGUCUGAGGGCAAGUGGAGCACAGGAGGUGGCUGGCAGAACCUUCUGCUGUUGUUUCUGGGACAGCUUUGUUUUUCUGUUCUAAUAAGGCUCAUGAUCUCCCCCUUCCCUACCCCCUUCCCUGAAAGAGCCCUCUCCCCCUGGAGCUCAGGCUCCUUGCAUCUGGUUAGAAGCCGGCUUCUAACCUUCCCACCACAGCAUGCUGUUUACUGCCUUUUCCGCUUAGUUCUUGCCCUGACGCCUCAGCUGGCUCACACAGCCCAGCCCCUCCUCCAGGGGGCUCCUCCUCCUCCUCCUCCUCCUCCUCCUCCCCCCCUUCUCUGGGCUCCCAGGAGCCAGGUUCCCUCUUGCAGCACUGCACUGCCUGGAAAAAUCUGUGUGGGGGUCCCUCUGGUGCUCUGAGAGCCAGGGACCGAUGUGUCCUUGAAGACCAGAUUGGGCCUGCAGAGGGGCUGAGUGACUGCUGAGCCAAGGAAGGAGGUGGCUAGAGAGAUAGUCACACUUCUCCGUUCUGUCCCUAGGGCUCCAAGCUGGGCAAGAGGUCUGUAAGGGAAUGGGACAGGGGAACAAGGAACAGAGAGUCCCCAGAAAAAUGUUCUUGCCUCAGGCCUUGGGAGCCUGGUUUGGGUCUUCCUGGGAAAAACUCUGUAGCCCUCCUUUGUCCGAUUGGUCCCCAGAGGCCUGGAACCCUUGCCUGUGAAACUGUUCUGCUGACUGUAGCCCCUGCCUGUAACCACUUGGGCUCAUGCCCCUCUGCAGCCUGUGGGGUCUCUCCCCACCUCUUUGCCCCUCCAGAAGCAGCCUCACUUCCCACCACCCCCUGUUCUUACGUGAGACCCAGGUUUCACCUGAGCUCUUUCCCUUGUUAGCUGCGGACUUAGCCGAGACAUCUGAUUCCAUUCUUCUCAUCUGUGUAGUGGGGAAAGUGAACAUCUGUUACUCAGGAGAGCUGAGGGGGCAUAAGGACACAUGUGAGCGCCUAGCGCAGUGCCCAGGAUGAAAAGAUAAUGUUCCCCUUUACUCAUUUUGGAAUCCAUCACAGGAAGGUAAAUAAAGCUGACUGAACACUGCUGCCUGUCCCACCGUGUGCCCUGGUUUGCCCCAUCUGGCCCUUUUUAUUUUGCUUUUUAUUCCGUCCUUGGUACUACUGGCACU